AUGAUGGAGAACCGGAUGUUGCUCACAUCACCGGAUGGAUCCAGUAAUGGGAACCCACCAGAGAGAUGUCCCCAUCCUCUGUAUUCCCGGAACUCCACACAGGAACAUCAGGAGAUCCCUCAGGAGGAUCAGGAUGAAAAUAUGAUUAUCAUUAAAGUUGAAGUAAAAAAGGAACCAGAAGAGCUAUCUGUGAGCGGUGAUGACCGGUGUAAGGAGGAGGCCAUUCCCGAGAUCAGCACAGGUGAGUAAUAAACAGCUUUGAGCCAUGUAAGGAGGAGGAGAUCCCUCCAGAGAUCAGCCCAGAUGCAUCCAGCAAUGAGAACCCACCAGAGAGAUGUCCCCAUCCUCUGUAUUCCCGGGACUCCACACAGGAACAUCAGGAGAUCCCUCAGGAGGAUCAGGAUGAAAAUAUGAUUGCCAUUAAAGCUGUAGUGAAACAAGAAGCAGAAGAGUUGUAUGGGAUGGGUGAACAUCCAUGUAAGGAGGAGAUCCCUCCAGAGAUCAGCCCAGACACCGGAGCAAAUCAGAGAGACAUAAAAGCUGAGGAGGAGGAAGAAGGAUGUGUGAGGAUUAAAGAG